GGUGUUUGUUUUCACCAUCUGCAAUAAGUAUGGCUACGAAAAGCUGACUAGAUAUUGCCUUUAAUUGGCCGUUGAGGUGGACUAGUGGUAAAAAGUUACAAGGAUAUUUCCUGAACAUGUAUAAGGAUAAUUCAUAGCUUCCAUAUGCAUAUGUGCCCAGCAGGAUGAUGCUUUCUUAGUCAUGAAGAAAUGAAUUUUAUGACAUUGAGUUAAAAUUGAUAUCUAAUUGUUCAUCACUGAGCCUUGGAGAAUGCUUCAGAAUUUCAGAGUGUACCUGUUAACAUGGAAUGUUGUUGGUCGACAACCAGUUGAAGAUCUUCAUCUUAUGCUAGGAUUAGAAGAUCCCAUUGACCCAUUAAAACUUCCAGAUGUUUAUAUUGUUGGCCUUCAAGAAGUGAGUUCCAAGCCUUAUGACCGUGUAGUUGAUUUGUUAUUUGAUGAUCCUUGGGUCAAUUCUAUAAAACAAAUUCUUCGUCCAUGGGACUACGUCAAGGUGAAACAAAUCCGUCUUCAAGGAAUUAUUUUGUUAUUUUUCUGCAAACGAACUCAUUUGGUUCACAUAAGGAGAACUCAGACUGCUUAUACUCGAACAGGAUUUGGAGGUGUUUGGGGUAACAAAGGUGGUGUUAGUAUACGAUUUAAUGUGUAUGGCUGCUCUCUAUGUGUUGUCAACUGCCAUUUUGCACCUCAUGAUAAAGAACUUCAACAAAGAAUAUAUGAAUAUAACACUAUUGUUGACAGCCAAAGUUUUGAUGACCCUCAAAGUAACAACAUCUUAACACAUGAUUAUGUGUUCUGGAUGGGUGAUCUGAACUUUAGAAUUGAUGAUUUUUUGACUGAAGAAAUUAAAUUAAUGAUUGAAAGAGAAGAAUUUGCACCUUUGUUGGCAAAGGACCAGUUGUGUCAGAUAAGAAAAACAGGUCAGGCAUUUGGUGAAUUCACAGAAGAAACUCCCACAUUUCCACCUACUUACCGGUUCAUCAUUGAUAGUGAGGAAUAUGAUUACUUGAAUCGGAGGCCUGCAUGGACAGACAGGAUUUUAUAUCAUUUCACUCGGAAUGCUUACGAUCAGGUUUCAUUAGACCUGGAACAGCAUCAUUAUAAGAGCUAUCCAUAUUAUCUUCAGAGUGACCACAAACCUGUAUCAUCUGCUUUUAGCAUUAAGGUCUUUUCUGAACCAAAAGAAGAUUUGAUCAUUUUCUUUCCUGUUCAGAACUGGAGAAUAAACACAGAUGGAAUUGCCUGCUACAAAACUGUUAGAGCAGAUAUUCACACCUGGGACUGGAUAGGCUUGUAUCGGGUACAGUUUAGCAGCAUUGAUGAGUAUCUUUGUUAUGUCUGGGCUUCUACUAAGCCACUUGUCAUUUCAUCAUCAACACCAGAAAGUGAGGAUUUGAUUGUGUCAACUCAAGAAAGCUCUACUAGGGCCCAUUGUGCCUGGCUACAAUAUCAAGUAACUUUUGCUGACCAUAAUAUUCUUCUUCCUGGCACAUACCAGCUGUUGUAUAUCAGCAGUAGUUUUGAUAAUGUGCUGGGAAUGAGUGAACCUUUUGAAAUUCUCAGAGGAUGACAAAGUCAUGUGGUGAAGCACUGGAUUGAAGAAAUAUCAUUUUGGAGUCCUGAGCAGAAUAAUUCAUGACUACGUAAGAGACUGAGGAGUAUAGUGGAAAUUAUUUAUAACUCUGAAUACGAGCAAACUAACACCGAUUACGACUGCAAUAAUUUCAAAUGAGAUGUACAUUAAUGAAGGCACUAUGGUGGUGAUAAUUAAUCAUGAAUUGAAUAUUUGUCAUUAUAAUUACUACAGUUUAUCUUGAAAGAGAGAGACAGUUAAACAUCACCUGAAAGUGACCAUAACAUGUACAAUAUAAACUGCAAAUAUGAUUUGAAAUUUUUAGAGAUUAGAUUGUUUUGAUUUGGCAUUUAGGUAUCUUCUCUGUUAUCAAUUUGUUUUCACAAUUCCAUUAAAAUGUUUUAUAAUAUGCUCAGCUUCUAAGAGUUAGGUUCAGUCUAAUUCACUAAAUACAUGAAUGAUGACAAAUUUAUUUUUAUAUAAAAGUAAUUAUCCAAGAAAUUUGAAUAUAAACAAUUUUUUUAACUAUAAUGAAGUAGAAAACUGAAUGUUAGUUACUGCAAGAUAUAAAUAGUUAUUAUAAUUUCUGCAGAUAUUUUCUACUUAAGAACUUACCAUAAUCAUAGAUACCAUAUAAUAGUUUUCUAGACCAUAAAUACUUAUAGUCAUACAGUAUUCGAAAACCAAACUACCAUAUGUUGAAACUGUAAUUUUUAGCCAUAGCACAAGGGAUCAUAGAACAGCUCCAAGUUUUUUUGUUUUUUUUCAAGUACAGACUUUUAGCUCAUAGCUCCUUCAUCCCUUGACCGAUAUGAGAUCAAAUUACAGUUUUGUACUCGGGAGGUCAAACCCUUUAGAUUGAUAUACUUGAACAUGCCCAAGGUCUCAUAGGUUAAUUUAUUUAAAUCCUGACUAAAUGAAUUUCAUGUGCCGCAGCUAUUGAGGAUACCCUCUUGUUAAAUUUAUUCCUUGUCAUUAUGACAUACCCAUUGGGAAUGCAUGUAGUUUAUAACUUUAAGUUACAAACUAGGCAUCUUGAAGAUUUGAAACAACUGAUAGCCAAGUAGGUGUAAUACAAACUAUUAAAGUUCUAGCUCCAGCCUGUAUUUUACAACUUUCUCUUUAGGCAGAUUUUGUUAAACAAGACCGAUGUCUGUAGGUUUACUUUCUUCUUAGAAUUCUUCUCAAGAAGUCGAUAAGCCGUCUUGAU